AGGUGACACAUUUCCUACUUCCUGACGUCAGUGCUUUGAGGAUCAGUGACCUUUACCUAUGGCUUAUCAGUAGGACCUAACCUGUGCAGGCUGUUCAGACACAGCCCCAUCCAACCUCUGUUUGUUUAGGAAGGCACAGACAAAUUCCUCUGUCCUUCCCUCUGUCCACUGGACAGUUUGCUGGAGACAAAAGGAAGUGUCCCUAGGUUGAGCUUUAUCUCUGCCUGGCUGGCUGCAGAGCAGGGAAGAGGCAGGUUGACAACACAAGGAUCAUCAGUAAUUCAGGAAUUUCCCUUUUCCCCACGUAAUUCAACCAUCUUUGCAGCUUUGUCAUUCCAGAGUGAGAAAAAUGACACGAACGUGGAGCUUCAGCAGAAAAAUGACCUUGGAUUCCCCUUAAGUGACAUGUCCUUUGAUGCCCUUUUUCUCAGAUCUUUGCCUGGAUGCCCCUGGAUGUUCACUCUCCAUUAUUUGGUCUUCACCUUUGUCCUUUUUCAUCUUCCAUUGUCUGGAGGCAGAAGUCAGCCCUGAAAUGUGGUGGUUCCAGCAAGGCCUCUCGUUCCUGCCUGCGGCACUGGUUGUGUGGUCAGCAGCGUCGUUUGUGUUUUCCUACAUUACUGCAAUUGUCCUGCACCAUGUUGACCCUUUGGUGCCCUACAUUAGUGAUACAGGGACAAUACCACCUGAAAGAUGCUUAUUUGGGAUCAUGUUAAAUGUUUCAACCUUCUUGGGGAUGGCCACCAUGUACGUCCGGUACAAACAAGUGUCUGCCCUGAGCCCAGAAAAACCCAAGAUCCUCAGGCUGAAUAAGCUGGGCCUUACGCUGGGAUGGAUGAGCUGCUUUGGACUCUGCAUUAUUGCAAAUUUCCAGAAAUGCAUCCUGUACUACAUCCACGUGCUGGGAGCCUGCCUGACCUUCGGGGUGGGGUCCAUUUACAUGCUGGUUCAGACCAUCCUGUCCUACCUGAUGCAGCCAGAACUUCACAGCAAAGACAUCUUCUGGGCCCGCCUGGCCGUGUUUCUGUGGAGCUGUUCCAGCAUCUUGAGCAUGUUUGUGUCCUCAGUUGUGUUGUACAGUGGCUUGUAUGGACAGAACCUGGUGCAGAAGCUGCACUGGGACCCCCAGGAAAGAGGCUACACCCCCCACAUCAUCAGCACCGUCUCCGAGUGGUCACUGGCAUUCUCCUUCCUCAGCUUUUUCCUCACCUACAUCCGUGACUUCCAGAAAAUCUCCCUGCGAGCCGUGGUCAGCCUGCAGGGCCAGACAUUGCAUGAGAGCCCAGGGAGCUUCAGGGCAGAAGAGCAGGCACUGCUCAUAGCAGGGAGCAUCUGAUGGAUGGAGAUAACUCAGGAAUUUAAUAGCAAUACCAGCUGUUAUUUCUAAACAUUUAUUUUAUAUUAAAAAAGUAUGAAGUGAUUAUCUUGUACUUGACAUCAAGGGCUUUGCACAGCUUUGCAAAUGUUACCAGUACUGUGAAUGAGUCUGUGACAUUUCUACAUUUUCCAAUGUCAUGAAGGAUUAAAUGAAGGUUAUUAAUGA